AUGCUCUCCGGCAACACCAAGCUCUCCGGGUGGACCAGUAUUAUCAUUAUUUUUGGACACCCAGGAGGCCCCGGCUAUCCAGGACAACCAGGCAAAGCAACGAGGAAAAGGUCUGAGCAAAACGCCUCUAAUUCCUCCCACAAAGCCGCUUCAAGCAACAACCAAGUGAAUCAAGUAAACAAAGACGGAUCUUCUGUUGAGUCUUUUGACCAAAAUGCUUCAAACGAGAACAGCAAAGCUGCGUCUACCAACAAGCAAGUUAAACAAAUAAACAAAAAUGGCUCUUCUCGGGGAGCGUCAGAACAAUCUGCUUCGAAUGAAAGUGACAAAGCCGCUUCCACCAACAAGCAAACGAAACAGGUUAACAGAGACGGAUCCUUGAAGGUGCAAUCUGAGCAAGGUGCAUCAAAUGAAAGCAAAAAGGCUGCUUCCAAAAACACACAAUUGAAACAGGUUAAGCAAGACGGAUCCUUCAAGGUGCAAUCUGAGCAAGAUGCAUCAAAUGAAAGCAAAAAGGCUGCUUCCAAAAACACACAAUUGAAACAGGUUAACCAAGAUGGAUCCUGCGAGGAGGCAUCUGAGAAAGAUGCAUCAAAUGAAAGCAAAAAGGCUGCUUCCAAAAACACACAAUUGAAACAGGUUAACAGCGACGGAACUUCUGUUGAGUCUUCUGACCAAAAUGCUUCAAACGAGAACAGCAAAGCUGCGUCUACCAACAAGCAAGAAAAUCAAAUAAACGAAGAUGGCUCUUCUCGGGGAGCGUCAGAACAAUCUGCUUCGAAUGAAAGUGACAAAGCCGCUUCCACCAACAAGCAAACGAAACAGGUUAACAGAGACGGAUCCGUCAAGGUGCAAUCUGAGCAAGGUGCAUCAAAUGAAAGCAAAAAGGCUGCUUCCAAAAACACACAAUUGAAACAGGUUAACCAAGAUGGAUCCUGCGAGGAGGCAUCUGAGAAAGAUGCAUCAAAUGAAAGCAAAAAGGCUGCUUCCAAAAACACACAAUUGAAACAGGUUAACAGCGACGGAACUUCUGUUGAGUCUUCUGACCAAAAUGCUUCAAACGAGAACAGCAAAGCUGCGUCUACCAACAAGCAAGAAAAUCAAAUAAACGAAGAUGGCUCUUCUCGGGGAGCGUCAGAACAAUCUGCUUCGAAUGAAAGUGACAAAGCCGCUUCCACCAACAAGCAAACGAAACAGGUUAACAGAGACGGAUCCUUGAAGGUGCAAUCUGAGCAAGGUGCAUCAAAUGAAAGCAAAAAGGCUGCUUCCAAAAACACACAAUUGAAACAGGUUAAGCAAGACGGAUCCUUCAAGGUGCAAUCUGAGCAAGAUGCAUCAAAUGAAAGCAAAAAGGCUGCUUCCAAAAACACACAAUUGAAACAGGUUAACCAAGAUGGAUCCUGCGAGGAGGCAUCUGAGAAAGAUGCAUCAAAUGAAAGCAAAAAGGCUGCUUCCAAAAACACACAAUUGAAACAGGUUAACAGCGACGGAACUUCUGUUGAGUCUUCUGACCAAAAUGCUUCAAACGAGAACAGCAAAGCUGCGUCUACCAACAAGCAAGAAAAUCAAAUAAACGAAGAUGGCUCUUCUCGGGGAGCGUCAGAACAAUCUGCUUCGAAUGAAAGUGACAAAGCCGCUUCCACCAACAAGCAAACGAAACAGGUUAACAGAGACGGAUCCGUCAAGGUGCAAUCUGAGCAAGGUGCAUCAAAUGAAAGCAAAAAGGCUGCUUCCAAAAACACACAAUUGAAACAGGUUAACCAAGAUGGAUCCUGCGAGGAGGCAUCUGAGAAAGAUGCAUCAAAUGAAAGCAAAAAGGCUGCUUCCAAAAACACACAAUUGAAACAGGUUAACCAAGACGGAUCCUUCAAGGUGCAAUCUGAGCAAGGUGCAUCAAAUGAAAGCAAAAAGGCUGCUUCCAAAAACACACAAUUGAAACAGGUUAACCAAGAUGGAUCCUGCAAGGAGGCAUCUGAGAAAGAUGCAUCAAAUGAAAGCAAAAAGGCUGCUUCCAGCAACAAGCAAUCUCAAGUUGUAGGCGCCGAUGGAUCCGUGAGGACUGCAAGUGAACAGGAUGCCUCUCGGGCCAGCGCAGCCAAUGCUAGCUCAAACAAGCAGUCGCGCGUUGUUGGACCCGAUGGCAGCAGCAUUAGCAGCAGUAGCUCAGCCUCAUCUUCCGAUUCCAAUUCUGCAUCCUCAUCUUCCAUCGUUGAGGAGGAGGUAGUUUCUGAUGAAGAAUGUGAUUAA